AUGAUAGUCCAGACCAUCACCAUCAUCACAAAGACCACCAUAGUCCAGACCAUCAACAUCAUCACAGAGACCACCAUAUCCAGACCAUCACCAUCAUCACAAGACCACCAUAGUCCAGACCAUCCACAUCAUCACAGAGACCACCAUAGUCCAGACCAUCCACAUCAUCACAGAGACCACCAUAGUCCAGACCAUCCACAUCAUCACAGAGACCACCAUAGUCCAGACCAUCACCAUCAUCACCAAGAAGACCAUAGCCAAGGUCACCACCAUCACCAUGGAGACAACCAUAGUCCAGACCAUCACCAUCAUCACAAAGACAACCAUAGUCCAGACCAUCACCAUCAUCAUGGGGACCAUCACAAGCCAGACCAUCACCAUCAUCACGGAGAUCACCAUAGCCAAGACCAUCACCAUCACCAUGGGGGCCACCACAGACCAAACCAUCACCAUCACCAUGGGGACCACAAUAGCCCAGAACACCAACAUCAUCAUGGGGACCACCACAGUCCAGUGCAUCAGCAUCAUGGAGACCACCGCAAUCUGGGGCAUCCCCAUCAUCAUCAUGGAGACCGCCACAGUCAAGAUCAUCAUCACCAUCAUCAUAGAGACCACCACUUUUCAGACCAUCAUCGUCAUCAUGGAGACCAUCACAGUCCAGAGCAUCACUAUCGUCACCGUGACCAUCAUAUUUUGAACAUUCACCAUCAACAUGACCACCACAGUCUAGAUCAUCAUCAUGAUGAUGUUGAUAGUUCAGGCCAUCAUCACCAUGAAGAUCAACAUAGGGAAUCUCAUCACCAUCAGCAUCAUGGAGACCAGCACAAUCCAGGCCAUUGCGUACAACAUGGAGACCACUACAGAUCAGGUCAUCACCACCAUGAAUCACAUCCCAACCAGCACCACUCAAGAAACAAUGAUCUUGACCAUGAUGACCACCACACUCAUUUGAAGGGGCAUUCUGCUGGCAGUCCACCGACACACAGGAAGACGGAGCCUCUUUCCAUUAAACCAGAGUCUUCCAUGACAACAACAAGCAACCCCAGCAGCCACGAAGAGGAACGAACAAGUUUCAUUGGCCCAUCAUUACAACAAGAGAAGAAAGAGGAGCUGGGUAGAAUCAUGAUAAUACAGGAACAAAAUGAAGGUCUGCACCACAGUUUGCUGAAGACAGCUGUAAGGAUGGAGUGUUUGGGAGAGGAAUUCAUGAGUAGCCAAAAGCUGUUGGAGGCAGAACUUCAGAGGACACGCACAGAGCUCAGCAACCUCACGGAGAGGUUUAAGAGACUACAUGAUAACUGCUCGUCCACACAGCAGACUAAUAAUGUUCUGGAGCAAAAGCUUCACUCAGUGACUCAAAAUAUGGAAGAAGAACGACAAAGGUUGAACUGUCGUAUUUCAGAGCUGACACAGCAGCUUGGUAAUGUGAAAUUUGCCAACUCUGGCGAAGUGUUCAGUGUGACUUCUGCAAUACACAAAAACAACCAUCAUUUUCAGUCAGAUGAUACCAUUAAUCAGGUGGUUCUCCCAAUCGCUCCCCCUCCAGUUCAGUUUAUGGACAACGAUAAUUAUGGAAAGGUUAAAGCUGCUGGGCAGGAGCAACCUCUAGGGUCAGUCCCAGAGGAGGAGGAAUCUGACUGGUCUGAAGUGGGAGAAGAGACCCCACGGCUUAUACUGAGAGGAUCAAACAGGGGUCAGACCUGGAGACACCGGGAAGCAGACCUGGACAGAGACAGCGAGUCAGGAAGUGAGGAAAUUCCCAGACGACACUCUCCACGCCCACUGCAAAUACCUCAUCUUCAGUUCACCUCCCACAGUGACAAUUUACCUGCACCACAAACUAGUUCUCGCCCUUCUGGCAUGAAGAAUCUUUCUGAUGACAUUACAGGUGAGGGAAGUUACAGGUCCUCUAGUCCAAAUCAUGGAUCUGCCAUUCUUAUCCGGUCAGCAAGCCUGGAGGAAAUUCCUCUGGCAUGCCAUCACAUGCAAAAAGAGCUGAGAGGCACAGAGGCCAUGAUGGACCUCCGCCAUCGAGGGAAUGAAGCUACUGAGGAUUUAGAUAAUGAGAUCAUUCAUCAUUGGAACACAAGCAACCACAGGGUUAUUGGGAGGCCAAUAGAUAGCAGUAUGUCAAAGGCAGAAAGCAGCUUGGCCAGCCUGCAGUCAGCCGAGCGGAUGCUAAACCACUUCAUAUGUGAUUCUUACACUACAGAGGGAAGAGAGCAGGACAGGGCUGAAGUACAUGGCUGGAUAGGAGGGAUUCCAGAUGAGGUGCUGAAAGGAGAGCGAACAAAGCUGUGACAGUAACAUGACUGCACUAAAAUCCUAAUUCAAUGUAGCUGUAGUAGCAAGUUUAAUGAAUAAGCUCGUUUUAGUGGUUUAUGGAUUCAGCCACAUUAAUUUGAUGUUUGAUGUAAUUUAAUUUCUGAAUUUGAAAAGUAGAUUUUAUGGAUUUACUUUGAUAAACUUUCCUACUGUCCAAUUGGUGUAUUCAAUAAAAGCGAUGAGUUUCUAGCUUUAAAUUAUUAUAGCUGGCAUUUGCUGAAAGUGAUUGUUGGUUGAUGAAUACUAUAUAUAUAAAUGUGCACCUUGAAAAAUCCUGUACAGCUUAGAUAAACUGAUUAAUUCAUUGUAAAAUGUAAAUGUGUAUUUUUGUUGCAUAGAUACAAAUAGAAUGGUCAGCCAAAACCACUGACAGGUGGGCCUCCAAGGCUCCACCACAGAGCCCACAUGAGCCAAAGGUUCCACUGCUGAAACAACAAAAUAGCCACAGUUCAUACUCUGACAGGUCAAAUGUGGUUUUGUGGCUAAAGGAGGACAUACACAAUGUUAGGCAGGUGGUUUUAAUGUUGUGGCUGAUUAGUGCAGUUCCUUUUCUUUUUUCAUCAUUGCAGAAUUUUAAAAAGUCAUCAUAUAAGUUAUACUUAUUUACAUAGCUAGCUACUGUUAGAUACUCUUGAAUGCUAUAAACAACAUCAAGCACAAUUUAAAACAGUUAAAAAGAUCAUAUUGAACCUGAUUUCCUUUCAGUUUAUAGUAAAAUUUAAUUAUGAUAGGCUUGCCUUACAUGCUACUGAUAAUAUAUAUAUACUUAUAAAUACGGUAUUGCUAUAGCUUUUAAAAUGUGAAAAUUAUCUUAUGUUUGCUGUU